CGUUGCAAUCUGUUGCGUAGUGGGGUGUAUCCUCCUCAGCUUUGUCUGCUACGACAGCUUUAACACAAACUAGUAGAGAAUCACAGAGAAACCACUGCUACUCUCUAUCUGUCAAAGGCGGUGGGGGUGGCACAUUCUUACCUUCUGGCAAGGCGAAAAUGCUCACAAGCUACUUAUCUACUUUACCUAUUUUCUCUUUAUCAUGCUCUCUACCUUCUUUACCUUCUUUAUUUUCUCUCUAUCAUCUUCUCUACCCUCUCUGCCUUUUUAUCGUGUUCUAAUUUUCCCUGCGAUCUCAAUCAGUCUUAUCACCUUCUCUCUAUCUCAAUUUCGUCGUCUUCUAAUUUUUGCUAUCUUCGUCUUCUAACUCUGCUGGUUCAUUUCUUGCUGCUGUUGUUUUCUGCGACGUGGUUCGGAACCUAGACCUUCCGUUAUCAAUACUAGGUCCCCGCGAAGAUCGUCAGCCUCGAAAGCUGAUCCUCCUCUUAUGAUCCUUCGUCUAUUGAUGUCUCUCUAGAUCAUCCUCUUUUUUUUUGUUUAGUAGUCUAUCGAAGUAUCCCUAUUUGGCUUGAGAAGAUGCAGCGUUUUAUGGUCUUCCGCGGUUUUGUCUUAGCGC